UUUGGAUCCCUAUUUCAUGAGUUGUUGCGGCCCUUGUGGGUUAUUGAAAGGAUGAAGUAUAAACAAACUGCUCCAAGUGAAAAUGUUAUUCCACAAGAAGUGAGUGCGAAUAAGUUACGUGCUUGUAUGGUUUGUGGGUUGGUUAAGACGUUCAACCAGUUUGUUGUCUUUGGUUGUGAAAACUGUCCAAGUUUAAUAGACGUUAGAGUGGCAGAUAGGGAACGUGUGGCAACCGUCACUACGAGCUUGUUUUCAGGAUUGGUGUCCGUUACUCGUCCUUUGGAUAGUUGGGUGGCAAAGUGGCAACGAGUUUCUCGUCUGGUACCUGGUUGUUAUGCAAUAGCUGUAAGAGCUGCACUACCUGAAGAUAUUUUAGAAGAAUUGGAAGAGAAAGGACUUCAAGUACCUCGAACGAGAGCCACAGCGGCAGCAUAUGAAUAUUCAUAACUCAAUAUACUAAGAAGAACGUGU